CGGUCCAUGAACCGUAUAGUCCACUCUUUCGAGAUCCCUCCCGCUUCUUUCGGGGUUUUCGACACACUUAUCGUACUCAUAUCCAUCCCAAUCUAUGACCGUUUCUUUGUUCCUUUUGUGAGACGGUUCACAGGCACACCAAAAGGGUUAACUGAUCUGCAGCGAAUGGGCGUUGGUUUGUUUCUCUGUGUCCUAAGCAUUGCAGCUGCAGCAAUUGUUGAGACAGUACGGUUGCAACUCGCUCAAGAGAGUCUUUCAAUGAGCAUAUUUUGGCAGGUCCCUCAGUAUAUACUAAUGGGAAUCGCUGAAGUCUUCUUCUUCAUCGGUCGAGUGGAGUUUUUCUAUGAGCAGUCUCCUGAUGCAAUGAGAAGCCUGUGUAGCGCUUUGGCGCUUCUCAAUACAGCAGUCGGAAGCUACCUGAGCUCGGUGAUCGUUACCAUUGUCGCGUACUUCACGACAAUUGGAGGUAAUGAUGGUUGGAUUCCAGAUGACCUUGAUAAAGGACAUCUUGACUACUUCUUUUGGCUUUUGGUGUUUCUUGGACUUGUCAACAUUCCUGUCUAUGCAUUCUUCUCUGUUAAGCACACGAAGAAGAAGGCUCUCUAAGUUAUUGUAUUGGUUUCAUCAUGUUCAUGGUGAUAUACUCUGUGUUAUCUGUUAUUGGAUGCCAGGAUACUUGUAGUCGAUUUUCUAAAAUAUGAAUAUGUUUCGGCCUU